AUGCAAGAGAGCUCGGCACCGAAUCCCCAGCUGCUCGGGCGGCAGCACGUGCGUGGUCCUGUUUACCUCGAGCUCUCAACGGAGAGUCUCUCUAAGUUUUGUCUUGUUUCGUUGUUUAUAAUAGAAAAACAAAUGCUGAUGUCAGCCGUCCUUCGUUAUUUCCGCACGGUUUUCCUACUGCUGCUGGUCACCUGCAGCUGCCCGCUUUUCAGAUCCUCCCUGGCUGCCUCCAAUGCGCUGCACAACCUGGGCGACUUCACCUACCCUUACAGCAGCAUCUUCUCUCCGCUGCUCAAAGCCCUGUCAGAGCACGGAGGGUCGAGGUGGAGCCCAGGACUAAGGAAAAAGAUGAAACCUGAGCACAAGUACAUGAAAUAUCUGACGGAGGUGUAUAAGAAGUCCUCCAGAGUGCAGAGGAGUGUGGACGGGAAUAAAGUCUACAACACAGUCCGACUGAUCAAGCCCCAGGAUGAAUGCCUUGCACUAAGUAAUAAAGAGAGUUUUAUGCAGGAUCUCUCCUACAGCCUUGAUCAAGUCAGAAGAAAAGAACAGCUCCUGAAGUCGGCCCUCUUGUACAGUUUUGACCACGACCAUGUAUCACCUGUUAACUCCAUGUGCUACCUCAGCCUCAAAGAGCAGGAGCACUCAAACCAGUGUCGGCUGUGUCCUGGUGUCAACCACACUGUGAACUUCACAGUCAACGCAGAAAGGCGGAGCAGGAGGGACUGGCUGGAGGUUGACGUCACCACGUUUCUCCGGCCUCUCUUAAAGUUUCAAAAGAAGAACAUACACUUGUUCAUCAACGUCACCUGCCCAGAUGGUGAUGGACACAAGGGCCCGCUGAAGUUCACCCUGAGGUCUCCUCCUCUGCUUCUUUAUCUCAAUGACACCAGCAAAGUUGCCCACCAGAGGUUUCUGGUCAGUGCCAAAGCAGGUCAAAGGCCAGCCACUGCGGUGAACACAUUUCACAAGCAGAUGGUUUUCAAAACAGAGCAGAGGGCUGGGCGAAAGAGGAGAUGGAAGAGGGAAUCUUCGAAGAUUAAACGAGGCGAUAAAAGUCUGGAUAUCCACCUGCCUGAGCUUCUUCCAAGCUCUGAGUUCCCGACAAGCGACUGUGCCUUGUAUGAUUUCAGGGUGCGAUUCAGCCAGCUCAAACUGGACCACUGGAUUGUUUUUCCACCAAAGUACAACCCCAGGUACUGCAGAGGCAUCUGCCCCAGGACCAUGGGCUUCAUCUACGGCUCACCUGUCCACACCAUGGUGCAGAACAUCAUCUAUGAGAAGCUCGACUCCUCUGUGCCCAGGCCCUCAUGCAUCCCCUCCCAUUACAGCCCUCUGAGUGUCAUGAUCUUUGAAGAGGACGGCUCCUAUGUCUACAAGGAGUUUGAAGACAUGGUUGCCACCAGGUGCACAUGUCGCUAAGCCAGCCACCAACAUGUCUGUUCUGUUUUCCUCCUUUUUUACAGGCUGAACAGAA